GCUGCGUGACAACACACACACGGCCCAGAAUGUGGCUGCAGGACAGGUGUGUGUGGUAGGAGACUCCUCUUUCGACCCCGGAGAGGAGAUGCUGCAGGUGCUGGAAGCUCUGGAUCCUGGAGGGAUGAAAUUAACACAUGGGGUAGAGAUGGGGGUAUCUUUAAUCCAGAGAGGGGUCUCCCACGCCUCUGCAGCUCCAGCCCAGACCUCCCACAGCCUGACACCAGGAUCAGAGGUCGGGGCUAGGGUUGGACUUGGACCAGGUGUGUGUGAGCAUUCAGGGCUGGUUCAGACAGCGCACCGUAAGGACCUGGCUCAGUGCCUGCUGUUCAGUGAAGACUCGGAGGACAGAGAGCAUGCUGGGACACUUCCACACAGACCUACGGACGCCUCACCCCCUCAGAAGAACUGCAGCUCCAGAGGGAAGCGCAGGGCCAGGGGGAGGAGCUCUGAGACCACACCCACAGGAAGAGGAAAUGGUUCCUGCCAGAAUGCUGACUCCCCAUUGGACGUGUCUGAUGACUUCAUCCUGUUCAGCCCCUCCCACCUGGCACGGGCGAGGGAGAGAGCGGCGCUACAGCGGUCUCUGAGGAACAACAUGUCAGCCUCUGUUCUCACGCCCCCUACUGGGCUGGAGGCCAGCACACUCAACACUACAGGGGUUGGUCUGUCAGCGGUGUGUGUGCGUCCAGACGAGCAGUGUGACAGGUUGUUGUUGUCCAGCUGGGGGCUACCUGCUGCCGUCCUUGAGCGCUACCGUCGUCAUGGUGUCUCCUCCAUGUUCCCCUGCAGGCUCAGUGUCUCAGUCUGGACGCGUGUUGCAAGGACACACCUGGUCUACUCAGGUACCCUGACCCUUGACCCUACCAAUCUACCCCGCCCAGAACCCUGACCCCUUGA